AUGGCGUCGGCGGGACAGGGUGCAGUUCUGGCGCGGCGCUGCGGCGGGUGCGACGGGCGUGAGGAAGCUGCGGUGGAGGCGAUGCUGCAGUGGCAGAAGGUGAGCGACCUGCUCAUCGCGGCGUCGCUGCUGUCCAUCCCGCUGGAGCUGCUCUACUUCGCCACGUGCGCCGCGCUGGCGCCUCUCCGGCGGGUGCUCCUCCAGUUGGGCACCUUCAUCGUCAUGUGCGGCGUGGCCCACCUGCUGAACGCCCUCGCCUACGACCGCCCGGGCUCCCGCGCCGUCCUCGCCGCGCUCACCACCGCCAAGGUCCUGGGCGCGCUCGUCACCUCCGCCGCCGCCGUCUCCCUCCCGAUCCUCUUCCCGCGCCUGCUCCGCCUCAAGGUCUGCGAGUCCUUCCUCCGCACCAAGGCGCGCCAGCUCGACCGCGACCUCGCCACUGUCAGGCGCCGCGAGGAGACCGUCUGGCGCGUCGUCCGCGCCGUCACGCAUCACAUCCGCGACUCCGUCGACGCGCGCACCAUCCUCCGGACCACCAUGCUCCAGCUCGCCGCCGCGCUCGGACUCAGCAACUGCGCCGUCUGGAUGCCCCAGCAGCGCGGCGGGAGCGGGACCGACGGCGGCGGCGUGCUCCAGCUCACGCACCAGCUGCUGGCAGACGACGAAGACGACAAGGUGCUUCAUCACAGUCACAGCGGCGGCACAGUAGGCGCCAUCUCCGUUCGUGACCCUGACGUGGCCGCCGUAUUGGACAGCAAGGACGCCAAGAUGCUCAGCUGGCCAGGCUCGGCUCUUAAGGCGGCGAGCUGCCGGAGCCUGCCGCAGGCAGGAGCCGCGGCCGCCAUACGGAUCCCAAAUUUCCACGGAGGAGCCAUACGGCCGGCACACACAUCAGAGCUGUUGAGCUACGCCAUCCUAGUCAUGGUCCUUCGAGGUGACGAUGAUCACCACCAUAGAAGGCUACCUACAGGCUGGAGCAACCAGGACCUGGAGAUUGUGCAGGCCGUCGCCGACCAGGUCGCCGUCGCGCUGUCCCACGCGGCGGCCCUAGUGGAGGAGUCGCAGCUGAUCCGGCACAAGCUGGCGGAGCAGCACGGCGCGCUGCUGCGCGCACGGAGCGACCUCGCGGCGGCGACCAAGGCGAGGAACACCGCCCACAGCGCGAUGCGGAACGCCAUAGGGAGGCCGAUGCACGCCGUCGUCGGCCUGCUCUCGGUGAUGCAGCAGGAGGCCGCCGCGAUGGGCCCGGAGCAGAGGCUCAUCGUCGACGCCAUCGCCAGGACAAGCGCUGUGUCCUCCACUCUCAUGGACGACGUCAUGGAGACCCUGCCGAGAAUGGUGGACAUCCGUGACCCGCCGCUGUCGGCCAGUCCUACUCCUACUCCUACCCUGGUGUCGAGGCGGCCGUUCGAGCUCCGCUCGCUGAUCAGGGACGCGGCCUUCGCUACCCGAUGCUUGUCCGGCUGCCGUGGGCUCGGCUUCUCGCACCAGCUGGCGGUCAAUUCCCUACCCGAGUGGGUGGUCGGCGACGACAAGAGAGUCUUCCACCUUGUGCUGCACAUGGUGGGCGCUCUGCUCAGUCGAUGCCAUGGCCAUGUAGCCGCAGGCCGUGUCCUCUCGUUUUCUGUCUGCAGCCGCAGUAGCAUCGCCGGUGAGCACCAGGACUGGAUCCCGUCGCCACUGCGACCCAUCAGCUUCACCGGCGGCAACCAAGUAUUUGUCAGGUUCCAAAUUGGGCUGUCGAAGAGCGAUCCUGGGAGCUCGCCGGCAUCCCGCCCGCCCCAGGCUAAAUGUGGCAUCUCCCCCGAUUCCGGCGGUGCAGGCAUGCGCCUAACCUUCGCUAUGUGCAAAAGGAUUGUGGAGCAUCAGCCACUGAAUCCGCAUGUGCCAGGAUCAGGCACGUACCGGAUUGGAGUUGGAGCCUCGUCUGCGGCAGCUCCUCACCUCCACUUCAACGGCCUGAGGAUCCUGCUUGCCGACAGCGACGCCAUGAGCAUGGAGGUGACCCGUAAGCUCCUCAAGCGGCUCGGCUGCCAGGCGGGAGCCGGCACGGCAGCCGCCAUGGAUGGGUUCGAGGUGGCCCUCAGGAUCCGGGAGCUCAGUAGCACCUGCUGGCUGCUGGUCCUCGUCGCCGUGGAGGCCAGCGGUGUCGAUGACAGCGUGCGUGACAUGUGCCGGCGGGCGGGAGUGGACGGGCUCAUCCACAAGCCCAUCACGCUGCCGGCGCUCGGAGCUCAGCUCCAGAGAGUCCUUCAGAACAACUGA